UGUAUUGAACCUCCCCAAGUGUUUAAAUCAACUUCCGGUUUCAUAACAACUUUGAAAUUCACUUUAAACAAGUGAACGAGAGAGGGAAGAUCGGUGAUCUUCCUAUUAGUCGUGCUUGUUAGAUCGAGGUGUUGAUUGUAUUGAUAAUCGCUUGAGUAAUAUCGAAGACCCAGGACGACGUAUGUGUGUUUUAAUCUGUCGAUGUUAAGUAGCUAUGUUUUUUAAUGGCAAUCUGUACCUACAAUGUCCUUUAUCCGUAAACUAAAGGAAGGUAAAGUUAAGAUAGUUUGAAGUGUGUCUCUGCUACACCGCUGAGGAAGGCUGCCAAGCGGCGCGGGGCAAGAACCAUGCCCGAGCUUUCCAAGAUGAGGAAGCCCGACGUCAAGGUUGUCAUUCUGGGCGACAUGAACGUUGGAAAGACCUCACUGCUCCACAGGUACACGGAUAGGAAGUUUAAAGACACCAUGAGCACUGUCGGAGGGGCGUUUUUCCUCAAACAGUGGGGACCCUACAAUAUCUCAAUUUGGGACACUGCUGGUCGGGAGCAGUUCCACGGGCUGGGCUCCAUGUACUGCCGGGGCGCUGCUGCUGCCAUCCUCACCUACGAUGUGACCAACUGGCAGAGCCUGGCUGAGCUGGAGGAGCGCUUCCUGUCCCUCACCGACACGGCCAAUAAUGACUGCAUCUACGCCAUCGUGGGCAACAAGGCUGACAUCACAGACCCUCAGGCCCAGCUGCUAGCCAACCAGGAUGGCCUGACAGCGGACCAGAGAGAGGGGGACAGGGAGAGGACUGGGGAGCCCAGGGUGCCUUCUGCCUGUCCCACCCCUCCAGCCUCCCCCAUCUCCCUGUCAGGGGUGUCAGUCAACAAGCAGGUGAGCCGGGAGGACGCAGAAGCGUUGUAUGGGAGGAUCCUUAGAUACAAGGGUCUGGAGGAGACGAACAGCCUGCCUGCGGACAAGAUGUGCUUCGAGACUAGUGCCAAGACCGGCUAUAACGUGGACACUCUUUUUGAGACGCUGUUCGAUAUGGUGCUGCCCUCCGUCCUCAAGAAGAGGACUGAGAGGGAGGGAUCGCCCACCGUGGACCUGGAAGAGUGCAAAGGGACAGGAAAACGGGCUAGGGCCGCCUGCUGCUAGGGAUUAGGGGGAGGUGGGGAGGGAUGGAUAAACUGUUUGGGGGUUUUAGACUGACCGUAAAGAGCUGAGUUCAUGUCAUCUGUAUUGGUCUCCCAGGACAUUCUGAGAAUUUUCAGCGGUGACUGUUGAUAUACACACAUACACCUGCACACACAUUCAUUCAAUCAAGCUGUCAAUCAAAUUAAUAAUUAAAACAAGUAAUUUAAUUAUUCUUUCAAUGAGCCAGAAAGUACUAUAGUGGAGAGCUGGAGUAAGGAGUUCUUGGAUUUUAAACAUCUUCGAGAGGUUCUGUAUGGACUUGAGUUCAGGCCAGAAUUUAUGUAUGUGUAGAGCAGGUUAGCAUCUUUUGUAAUUAAUCUUCUCGGCAGAGUGGUCACUAGCUGGCGCAUCCACAAAGUCAUAAAAUCAGAUUUUUAAACUUAACCACACUGCUAACCAUUACCUUAAAUUAAGAGCAAAAAGCUAUUUUUUUGUUUUCAUUAAUUUUUACAAUAUAAUCAAUUUUGACUGCAGGUGGCCCAUCUAUUGGCUCUAGGGCAAUAUGCAUGACAUGUCAACCUGCAUAUGGAUAUGGGAAUUAGGCUACUGGUACACAGUUCACCUGUUUAUAAAUCAAUCAUUGAA